CCCAGUACUCAAUAUCGAAUCGAUACGACCACAUUGCAGCACGACGUGUUAUGUUAACAGAUUAAAAGGUUUGCCAUUGAGCUGUGCAGCAGUGCGCGAGUGUCAUCGAAUUAAUUAUGACGAGAAAAUUGAAAAAGUUGUUUGUGAUGAUCACGUCUUCUUGCUUGUUAGCAGUAAUGACGUACCACUCCUUCCAUCCGAUAUUUUCAAACGAGAAAGACAGGGCCGUUGCUCUUCGUCAUUCUUCUGCUUCGCAAAAAAUGAGAAUGCCUAAAUCAAUUGAGGAAAAUUCGAAUAAAAGUGUAAUGGCUAUCGACCGAAAAUUGUUUGAUUACAUUCAAUCUCAUUAUCCGGCAACAGCGUACGAUGGUGUUGACAAAUACACACGACUCAUGACAGUUAGUUUCGGACUGAAAGAGCUCACAAACGUCAAACCGCUUAUGCCCAACAUGGGGCCGGUUAUCAACGACGUCACUUCGUUCAAGUAUCCCAUUACAGUCGCUUCAUGUGGCCAGAAAAUGAGAAAGAAAACCUUUCGCAGUGUCUUCGUAUCCAUCGUGUCAUCCCCGAAUCAUUUUGAAAAACGUUCCACCAUUCGUCAGACGUGGGCGACUCACUUGAGAAAUCAAUCGAACGUAAACAGAGAACUGAACGUUUUGAGAUUUAGUUUCGUCGUUGGACUUACAAAGGACAACAUUGUUCAGAAAAAGAUGAUGGAUGAAAGUGAGCAACACGGCGAUAUUUUACAGGUGAACGUGUACGAAGAAGAAGCAAAUGUGUCCGUCAAAGCAGCUGGUCUGCUAAAUUGGGUGAAUUUGAAUUGUCCUGAAACGGACUACUUGCUAAAAGUCAAUGACGACGUUUACGUGAAUGUCCAUAAUUUAGCGACGGUUCUCUAUGCCUUUUCACCGUUCGUUCCAAGUGUUUACGGCCGCCUGACUGAUGGAGGAAAACCAGCACGAAAUAAGUUUGAAUGGCCGUUCAAUUAUGAAUUCUGGCCGUGGUCUAGCAUUCCCAGAUAUUUACAGGGAGGUGUCGUCAUUGCAGGUAGUGCAGUUCGUUCAUUAUUGGCAGCAAUGCAAACGACUCCUUAUUUCAUCAAGGACGAUAUCUACCUCACUGGGUUGUGUGUAGAAAAAGCUAAACUUCAAAUCCGCACAUCGCAAUGGAUGUUCAAUGAUCAAUUUGAAACUUAUCCAGACCCAUGUUUUGUGCGCAAAAACGUGAUGUGGUCGUCAAAGUCAGAAGAUCACAUGAUUACGUCACACUUUGUAACUGAAAGUUUUUACCGGAACGUCACAAAUGCGCAAUGCGUUCUUACAACGUACGUGCUUAAUCCUAACGAAACUUUGGAUGUGCUCGUUGACAGGACAAUCAACACGCCCGCAGUAAUGUCAGAAUUUCAUUUCAAAUCUGUGAUUCCCAAAAAGUGGGUCUCUAUUCUCACGUCAACCAGCCGAAGCCUUCGUUAGACAAUUUCCAACAAGAUGUCACUCAUAUCUUAUAGUAGACCUAGCCUGCGAUGAAAACAUUCGCUGUUUAUCAGACGUAUGCAAGAAGAGAAAAAUAAUAACAAUACAUUUAGUUGAAAAGCUC